AUGUCUCAAUACAAUAUCUCGAACCUCCCUCGCAUCUCACGAGAGUCUCUCGCUUCCCUGAUCAAGAACAAGCAUCCCUCCAUGGCCGUCAUCGACGUACGAGACUCAGAUUACAUUGGCGGACACAUCCUCGGCGGUCAAAACCUCCCCUCCAACACCCACGACUACAAAAUGCCUGAAUUGGUGAGAACACUGAAAGAAAAGGAAGUUGUGGUUUUUCAUUGCGCGUUGAGUCAGCAGAGGGGGCCUAGUGCGGCGUUGAGGUAUUUGAGGGAGAAGGAGAGAUUGGAGGGAGGAAAAGAGAAGGCGGUGGAGGGUAAGGAAGGGAAAGAGGGGGUGGAGGUUGAGGGACAGACUGUCUAUGUCCUUGAUGGUGGGUUUGUGAAGUGGCAGGAAGUAUACGGAGAAGACAAGGAACUUACGGAAGACUACCAGAAAGAUAUCUGGGAGUUUGGAUAUUAG